ACGAGGCAUGCGCCGCUGGCACGAGUGAAAAUGGCGACGAUAGUGUGCCUCUCGCGACGUGUGUCGCCGUAUGCACGACACUUUCGCGAUGUCACGCGUGCGUACGCGUCGUGGCGUGCCGACCGCAGUCUCGGAAGGAUCCAGAAGAGCGUUGGAUUGCUGACCGUCGCUUCCGUCACGUUUCUACUAGCGCAACAAUAUUUACGGUCGAAGGUGGUGCACGCCUUGAAACCUCGCAAGAAAGAAGAUGACUUGCACAAAGCGGUAAAAUUAACUACGAGAGAAAGGAGAUUUAUAAAAUUUGCAUCGGUGGCGUACGAUGGUCAAUUGUAUAUGACACCGCAGGAUUUUCUUGACAGCGUCAUUGAUGCCGAACCUCGACCGAGAUUAAAGAGACGCGUUCUGACCGAUCAAGAGCUCGAAGUGAUGAGAAAUUCGACUUCUUCACUACGCCAUGGAAACACACAUAUGUUUCGAAAUUUGCGGGACAAAGGAAUUAUUUCUUACACGGAGUACCUGUUUCUUCUAUCCAUCCUGACGAAGCCAAAAACUGGUUUCCAAAUCGCCUUCAAUAUGUUCGAUACCGAUGGAAACGAGAGAGUCGACAAAACUGAAUUUCUUGUGAUUCGUCGUUUACUCGGCGGUAGCUUGAAAGAACGGGACCUUGACGAGUCAACAAAACGUGCAUUACGUGCUAUAAUUACUCCGAGCGAAGAGAAUCUAGGCAAGGCAAAACUUCGCAAAACUCAUCCGAAUAAAUCAAAUGAAAUCGUCACAAAUUCUUAUAUGGAGAAGAUAUUCAGUCACGCUUGGAGGGGCCGUCAUGGAUGUGAAACUAAAGAGGAAUUAGAACAAUUACAGAAACGUCAGGGAACGCCAGAAGAAAUUCAAGGUCAAUUCAUCGAUGACGAUCAGGGUUUGCAACGACGUCACGCUGUGGAUACUACUUUGAUGAUACACUUUUUUGGCAAAGAUGGUACCAAUGAAUUAAGAUACGAUGAUUUCAAGCACUUCAUGGAGAACUUACAACAUGAAGUAUUAGAAUUGGAAUUCCACGAAUUCAGCAAGGGACACAACACAAUUAACGAAUUGGAUUUCGCUAAAAUAUUGUUACGAUACACGUAUCUCGAACCUAAUGAAUACGAUAAGUACUUGGACAGAAUGUUGGAUCGUGCAGACUUGCAUAUUGGUAUCACAUUCGAGGAAUUCCGACGUUUCUAUCAAUUUCUGAACAAUCUGGAUGAUUUUUCGAUAGCAAUGCGAAUGUAUACAUUGGCUGAUCAUCCUAUAUCCAAAGAUGAAUUUCAACGGGCAGUAAAGAUAUGUACAGGAACGAUGCUUUCAACUCACAUAAUCGAUACAGUCUUCGCACUAUUCGAUGUGGAUGGAGACGGCCAAUUAUCUUAUAAAGAAUUCAUAGCAAUUAUGAAAGAUCGAUUGCACAGAGGUUUUAAGUCUCAACAACGCAAUGAGGGUUGGGAGGCCUUCAAAUUCUGCGUGAAACAAGAAAUGAAAGCACCUUGAAGAAAGAAUCAUGACGAAAUACAUAAAAAUGCGAAGAUGCAAAUGAAAACAAUAGCACUCACUUUAUAUUAUGUAAAAAGUUAUAAUACUCUUGAAUACUAGUAAUAAUUAUAGUAGUUACUAUUAGUAACUAUAGUAUGUAAUAAUUGUUUCAAAUAAUUCGAGUUAUAAUAUUUGGAUAUAUUUAUAGUCCUAACAACAAACAUAUAAGAUGUAUAAAAAAUGAAUAUGUACACUGAGAAACCCAUUUAGUUGAAUCAAUUAAUUUCUUGUUUGGAUAUGAGCAAACAAAUCCUUAGUUGAUGCAAUAAAAUAAUUUAGUUGAUGCAAUAAAAUAAUUUAGUUGAAGCCAAAUAUUUGGCUUAUUGUAAUUAAUUUUAUCAGAUGUCAAUGUUUAUCAGGAACAAGUGUUAAACAAUAACCAAAUGCUUUGCUUCAAUUAAAUUAUUUGAUUGCAUUAAUUAAUUUCUUGUUUAUACGGGCAAACAAAUCCUUAAUCGGUUCAAUUAAAUGGGUUUCUCAGUGUAGAAAAAAUUCAAUUAUGUGAUAUAAUUUAUAUAAGCAACGAAGAAAAACAUUUUUCGGCGAAAAACGUGUGAAUCUCUGUUAGAACAUAAAUAUUGAUAUAUAAUUUGAAGUCACCUAAGUAA